AUGAAUAAGAGAGUUCAAAUACGUGAACUGGUGUUUCGGAGCGUAACCCUCAGGGGGUCUAACUGGAUGAGGAUGGAUCGUAAAACAUAUCCGUUUCACUUCAAACUUUUAGGGUUGGAGAAGGAGUCUGACUUGAAGCUUACGCAUUUGAAUUCUGCUGUCACUCCAAGUCUACACUCCUGUGGUGGCUGCAAUGAAUUCAAUUAUCUUAGAGCUCUUCAUCUUAGGGAAGUUGGUGUGACUCAAGAAGUUCUUGAGCUAUUCUUGUCAAAAUGUCCAGUUCUUGAGAGAUUAUCUGUGGAAUCUACCAAAAGUUUGGUUGGUUUGAGAGUUGCUGGACCCUCGAUUGCACUUAAGUAUCUUGAGCUAAGUAGUUGUCAUGCCCUCAAGAGCGUUCAUAUCUGUGACACAAACCUGGUUUCUGUAACCAUUAAUUCUAGAAAUUCUGAGAUUCGCCUACUUCUCAGUUAUGAGCCAUCACUUGUUGAGGAGUACUAUCCCAAUCUUGUAUUUCCCGAUUUUGCAAAUCUCAAGCAUUUGGAACUUAAUGUUGAGCAAGACAGCGAGAGGGGUCUUCAGAACCUAAUAUCUUUCCUGCAGGCAUCUCCACAUUUAGAAAAACUAGUAUUGAAGUUGGAUAGAUGGCUGACCCGCGAAUACUACAAGAUAAUAGGAAGCGUUAAGGAAAUGGAAUAUUGCCCUCAUUUUCACCUCAAGGUAGUUCAUAUAGAAAACUAUCGAGGUAGAUCACGCGUUAAGCAUAUCAGGUAUUUGAUCAAAAAUGCCUUUGCGCUGGAGAAAAUUGUUGUAAAACCAAUUCGUCAUCUAAUUCUGCCAACAGUGAACAGUGAAAGACGAGAAACUGCGCUGAGGAAUCAUGCCAUGCAAUGCCUGAAACAAAAAGUGCCUUCAUCUAUUGAAUUUGUGUGCAUGUAG